AUGGGGAGCUUUCCGUGUGGUGAAUCAUGGAGUAGAACAGGAGCUUCUGCACACUGUGGAUUCAGUUUCUCGAGAUCUCUUCAAUAUUCCACCCCAAGUAAAAGAAAGAGCGAUUCUGGUAUUUCAUUUGAUGGGUAUUCAAAGACUGGUGGUCAUUCUGUUGGCAAAGCCAUGAGUUUACCGACAGUACUAACUUCUGGUUCACUUCAACGAUAUGCACAAAAGCUAUGGCCGCAAGGAAAUCCUAAGUUUUGUGAGAGCUUAACAACAUGCAGUUCCAAGUUAGCGAAUUUGACAAAUUCCUUACUAAAAUCGAGUCUUCAAGGUCUAGGCCUUAGCAAACAUUUCCAAACUGAUUUUGUAGAUUGUGAGUUUGUUCUUCAUCUCAAUUAUCUCUCAGAGUGUGAGAAAGCAAGUGAUGGAAAUGCUAUUCAUUUGAAGGAGCACAAGGAUUUGGGUGUGAUGACAAUUUUGUACAAUGACCAAAUGAAUGGUGAUAUUCCUUUGGUUGCAGAUAUGGAGCAACGAUAG